AUGAGCAUCGCAAUCCUCCAAUUCUGUCCGUUCUAUAAAAAUGUGGAGGCUAGUAUGCAGAAAGCAAACCAACUUCUGUCCGAGGCGCAGUUCAUGAGGCAGUUGGACUGGCUCGUCCUUCCUGAGAUGGCAUUUACAGGCUACAAUUUCCAAUCCGUCGAAGCAAUCACACCCGUGCUCGAACCCGCCAACACCGGCCCAACAACUCAAUGGGCCCAAAAUACCGCCCGCCACCUGAACUGCGUCGUCACCGUCGGCUACCCGGAGAUCGACCAAACCGUCUCUCCACCACGGAAUUACAACUCCCUAGUAACAGUGCUCCACGACGGGACGAUCCACAGCAACUACCGCAAAAGCUUCCUGUACUACCACGACGAGACGUGGGCGAAAGAAGGGCACGAGCGAGUCAACUCACCAGGCAGCUACGCUGACCCUUUCCACCACAGCCUCCUCGGGCAUCUGGGAACAGUCAGCAUGGGCAUCUGCAUGGACCUGAACAACUACAAGUUCCUGGCGCCGUUCGAGCUGAAGGAGUUCGCCAACGCCGCCUUGCUCCACGGGUCCAAGUAUGUCUGCUUAUCCAUGGCAUGGCUCUCCGCGCUGCAGCUAGAGGAACUGCGCGAACAACCUCGCGAGCCGGAUGGCGCGACGUUGAACUAUUGGCUCACGCGCCUGGAUCCGCUUAUCCGCAGCAACCGCAGAGACCCGUUCUAUGUGAUACUUGCCAACAGGACGGGCGUGGAGGGGAUCAUUGGAUACGCGGGCACGAGCUGCGUGAUGAGGAUUCACGAGGGCAGGGUGGCUAUCUUUGACAUGAUGGGGAGGGCGGAAGAGGGGCUGUUGCAUGUUGAUACGGCAGGACGGCCGAAGUAUUUCAUGCAGCCUAAUGCCCUGCUGUCGGGCUAA